AUGAUUGAAUCUAUUCUUCGUUCGGUAUCGAAAGAUAAUGCGGAUACUGAUGGCGAUGAAGUCAAUGAUGUUAUUUCAUGUACGAUUGAUAAUAAUCAAAUUAAUAUUGAUGCUAAAACAAUUUCACCAUUUAAAUGUAUUAUUGGUUCAGCUGGUCAAUUGGAAGAAGAUAGUCAAACAGCUGUCAUUGCUAUCUAUGGUUGUUGGUUACCAGAUCGUCGUUUAAGAGAGUAUCGUUAUAUAAUGGAUCAAUUAUUUUAUUAUAUUUAUCAUAAAUUAGAAAAACUAGUAACAAAAGAUUAUAUUCUUAUUUAUUUUCAUGGUGCAACUCCAAAACAUCGAACACCAGAUUUUAAAAUACUUCGACAAUAUUAUCAAAUGAUUAAUUUUCGAUUAAGAAAAAAUCUUCGUGCGAUUUAUGUUGUACAUCCAACACGAUGGUUACGUACUCUCAUUGCUCUUUCACGACCAUUCUUCAGUAAUAAAUUCUAUCACAAAGUGCAUUAUCUAUUCACAAUUGCUGAACUUGAACGAGAAUUUCCUCACAAUCAUAUAUCACUUCCAGUUAUUAUUGAGCAAACAGAUUGGUUGUAUUCUCAAAGAUAUGAUCGUAAAAAUGCAAGUAUAAAACGUUCUAUUGAACGAUCAGCGGCAAAUUCGAUUAGUGGAAUCGAAAAUGAAACGACAGCUUAA